AUGAGCAUGUCAGACGGGACUGAGCACCCUCGCGAUGCUCCGUACAAUGCCACCAACCACACCUCAUCGGCUUCUGCAGCGGCUGGCCCAUCGACACGGUCAUCACGUGCCUCGAACCGCUCGCGUAGGAAAGAUGUGAUAGACGUACAAGACACCAAACGCGUCCUGGAAUGUUCACAGACAGAAAGACAGCGCCGCUUCCAACAUCUUGUCCGAUACUACCUAUCCCAGAUCCUACAUGGCUGUAAGAGUGCCUACUGCGAUACCCCCACGUGCCUCUCAUCCGGCAAGCGCAUCGCGUCGAGACCACACCGGCCGCCUACAUUGCUCACGGCCACGGCCCUAGCCCAUUACCUCGCCGGUCAAGACAACCCGAACCGCGGCCUGUGCCCUCACGAGCUCAAGAUUGCGCCUGAGUCGUUCAAUAUUACGAAUGGCCUUGCCCAACAUGCUAAAAACCACUCCGCCGAGGACUACCUGGUCUAUCCUUCGGUAUGGCAACUGGCACAACAGCGCAGGCAACGUCGUGCGGGAGAUAAUGGUCAACAAGACCAGGAUGGCGACUUGAUCAAUGCCCUCAAGCAACGGCAGCAAGCCAGAAAAGACCCAAAGGCUCUUAGUCAGAACUUGUACGACAGCUUGACUAUGAUAUACUCUUAUACCACGCAAAUACCCACACCUGCUUCUGUCCUUGCUUCAUUGCGCAAACCCGAGCAUACUCCUGCACAUGACGCUCGUUCAGCUCAAACCUCCGCUAUACUGCCUUCCCGACCAGACGGGCAUGAUGCGGAGUCAAAUACCGGGCCAACGCUUGGUACAAACGGCUCGAACGCAUCAGAAUUGAAUGGAAACUCGCGUAUCGUUCGUCAUAAUUCACAAGCAUCAGCCGCCGCGCGUGACAGUUCGCAGCCAGACAACGCUGGCGCCGAGGUCUUGGCCAACGGACACCAUGUCCACAGGAUACCCUACCAUCCCUCGAACGGCAUGACUCAAAGACAUCCUUCAGCACCGCAUCCUACUGCCGUGGAUGGCGCAUGCGAUUCAGCAAUGCUAUCAAUCUCCAAAACAGGAAAGAAAAGCUUCACUAUCGGUGGGACAUACCCGGCUGCUGUGCCUCGCGCGAAGCCAUCAUCGGCAGCAACCGAACUACCUACGAAGAACACUCCUCUUGAGGAACAUCCACCAUCCGGUGUACCCGUUGUCCCAACAUUGAAUUGCAGUAUCCUCGAUGAGUUCAAAGACGACGUCCAUCGCCACGGAAAGAGCCACUCUACAGACUUCAAUUACGUUGUGGACUUUGAUCGUCGGCGACGUACGCGACGUACAAAACCCUUCGUCAACCGAUCUCUAUUCUAUACUCUGAGCGACCCAGAAAAGCUACUUGCAUCAUUCCAUGAUACCAACCAAGACUUCAAAAACUCACCCUUACCUCAUCUUGACUCAUCACGCUUAGCGAACUCUUUUAGAGAUUGGAACCAUCGCAACGGUGCGCUCAUCUUCGAUAGCCUAUGGCUCGCGCUGGAUGCUUUAUUCGUCUCUCCACCGGAACUCGACAUUCAGAAGAGUCCUCGUCUGAGGCCAUCAAGAAAGGGCGCUCCCAACAACAGUCCUUCCGACCAGUCAUCCAGUGGUCAUCAAGGUACCUCGCGCUAUCUCGACACCCAUGAAGCCGCUCAUAUCGUCAUGGUAUGCAUACACGCACUCACCUCCCUGGUACCGCUUGGAUGGUCGCACACAUGGGCCCAAAUACGGAAGCUUCGAUCUUGGGGUGUCAUGGUGCCCACUGCUACUCCCAAUACCGACGCCUUUGCGCAUCCCUACAUGGACAUCAUCGACGAGUUGGAGUACGAACCGGCAGUGCGUCUUGCCGAUCGUUUACUCCGGGCUAUCGGGACGCGGACUUGUUUCGAACAUAUACUCGCCAGUUUAGACGUCGCAGAAACGAACCAGGGUGAGUCAGAAGAAUUCCCGCCUCCUGUAGGGCUUGUGGAUAUGGUUGUACAACAUUUGGAGGUGGUGGAGCGCGUCGGUCUGGCGACAAAGAUGAAGCUGAAUUCGAGCCAUGAUCGCGAUGGAGAUCCAGGGUGGACUGUGACAGCUACUUUUAUGGAGUGGCUGAGGACUAUCAUCGUCAAGAAAUGGGAUAGCAAGGCUGAAAUCAACAAAUGGAGCAGCGUUGAUUCCAAGCGGCAAGCUCUACACUUACACUCUAACAUGUUCGAGAUGCCGAUACUCGAUGAGCGCAUUGACACAGUAAACGAGCCUAUCAACUACCUCACGUGGGAGCAUCACCCCAAUACUCUACACGUUUUCGAGUACCCAUGCCUUUUCUCCGCACAGCAUCUCGUAGCGUACGUCCGUACGAUCAACUUCACCGAGAUGAUGAAGCAGUACGACCAUACUAUGCGCACCCACCAAAUGCAGAAGUCGCUGGAGAUGUUCCUCAAAGAACCGUAUUGGUGGAUUAUUAAGAGGAAAAUGAAGACUACCCUGAGUGAAUACCUAGUGUUGGAUGUCAGUCGCGAAGAACCUUUGAAGGACACGCUCGAUCAGCUUUGGGGUAUGGACAAGAGGAUGCUGCUGAAACCGCUAAAGGUCAAAAUGGGUCACAACGAAGGAGAAGUCGGUGCGGAUCACGGCGGCGUGACGUACGAAUUCUUCCGUGUUGUUCUGAGUGAAGCAUUCAGGCCUGAGAAUGGCAUGUUCACGAUCGAUCCACAGACGCACAUGACGUGGUUCCAACCAGGCAGCUUUGAACCUCCAUGGAAGUUCCAGAUGCUCGGUAUACUAUUCAGUCUUGCGGUAUACAACGGUAUCACCCUACCCAUCACCUUUCCCCUCGCCUUCUACGAGUACCUCCAAACCACCGGCAACCCACGCGUCGAAGGCCCAGCCGAUUACGAUCCCAUCGACUACAUCAGCGACGGCUGGCCCAGCCUAGCAGAAAGUUUCCGCACCCUCUUAUCCUGGAGCGACGGCGACGUCGCAGACGUCUUCAUGCGCGAGUACGUAUUCAGCUACGAAGCCUUCGGCCAGCCGAUCGACCAAAACCUAGGUGACAACUUCCCUGCCCUCGCUGAAUCAAACUCCCCAAUCGAAGAGCCUGGUCUAGUCACCAACGAGAACCGUCUACAGUACGUGAAGGACUACGUCCGCGCCUUGACAUACAGUUUUGUCGCCCCUGGCCUGAUUCCUUUCCUGCAAGGUUUCAUGACUUGCAUCCAACCCAAGAGCCUCGGACUCUUCACACCACACUCGCUCCGCCACCUCAUCGAAGGCACACAGCACAUCUCCAUCCCCGACUUGAAACGCUGCGCGAAAUACGAAGACGGGUAUACGGCGCAGCAUUCCAAUAUCCGCAACUUCUGGGACGUCGUAGAGGGGUAUAGUCAGGAAGAAUUACGCCUUCUCCUCGAGUUCGUUACUGCAAGUGACCGUGUCCCUGUCACGGGCUACGAGAGUAUCACGUUUCACAUUGUUAGGAUCAUGGGAAGCUCGGGGAGCUUGCCGAGUAGUAGCACGUGUUUUGGGAAGCUGUAUUUGCCGGAUUAUGGGGAUAGGCGGGUGUUGGAGCGCAAAUUGGGACUGGCGAUACGGAAUUCGAAGGGUUUUGGGAAUGUGUAG